GAUCUUACGGCAGAAGCCAGCCAUAAGACUGUUGCCGGUGCCCUGUGCAAGAAACGCGUAAGGGCACGUUGUGCGCUUUCCUGAGUCGCCAUGCUGGGUGGUUUGCCGCAACAGCAGAUGAUGAUGCAGUUUUGGCAAGCGCAACAACAGCGCAUUCAGCUUCCUGAUCCUGCGGCUACGCAAAUAGAAAGUAUCCCAGUGAAAGCUGCGGCGCCGACCAUGCCAGCCACAUUGUCGGGCUUGCUGGGUGCCUCAGCAGCUCCAUCUCCGGGCCCCGUGGUGGUGCCGCCGCCCACGCCGGAAGCCAUGCACUUUGGCGCCGCCGCGGCGCAAGCCGCGGCGCAAGCCGCGCAAGUCCCGGCGCCGGGGGCGGCGUUGAGCGCCGCGAUGACGCAGGUGACCACAGCCAGCGUGAACGGUGGCCACUUUCCAUCCAUGGAGGAGCUGGCGCAGAAUUGGCAUUGCGGUGAGACAGGGCACACCACCCUUGAUCUGGAAGUCAAAGUUCAAGACCCUAUGGGACAGGUCUUGCCCAGUUUCACAGGCUUUGAUACCUUUGAGGCAUGUCCUUUUCCUCCAGCCAUCAAGAGUCAAAUCCAGGCCGCAGGCUUUCCGUCGCCCUCACAGAUCCAACAGUUUACCUGGCCUCUGGCUAUGCAAGGCCGAGACGUGAUCGGUGUGGCAGCCACCGGGAGCGGAAAGACUCUGGCGUUUCUGCUGCCAGCCUUCACCGACAUGUUGACGCGCGGCGUGGGCGCCGCCAGCGGCGAGCCCUCGCUGCUGGUGAUCGCGCCCACCCGCGAAUUGGCGAUUCAAAUCCAGGAGGAAUCGGAUAAGUUCGGCCGUGGUGCCGGCAUCCGUACCGUGUGCUGCUAUGGCGGUGCGCCAAAGCCGCCACAGGCGGAACAGAUUCGCAUGGGCGUCCAUGGCGUGGUGGGAACACCAGGCCGCAUUCAAGAUUUUUGUGAGGGAGGGCAACUGCGUUUAGGACGCGUGAUGAAACUGACGCUGGAUGAGGCAGAUCGCAUGUUGGAUAUGGGUUUCGAACCGCAGAUUCGGAAGAUCCUGCAGAUGAUUCCAAGGCAACGCCAGACCUUGUUCUUUACUGCCACGUGGCCCCAGAGUGUGCGGCGACUCGCGGCUGAGUUCCUCAAUGGACCCUACACGGUGACCAUUGGAAACCGCGACGAGCUCAAGGGGAACCAGGACAUCACUCAGCAGGUCCUAUGCUGCACGCCAAACAAUAAGAAUAUGAUCCUCACCGACCUUCUGCGGAAGGCGGGAGUUGCAGAUCGUAGCAAUACCAAUGCCAAGGGAUUGAUCUUCUGCUCCACGAAACGUCUCUGCAACCAGCUUUCAGAGACCUUGGAAAGACAGGGUGUUCCUUGCGCUGCUGUCCACGGUGACAAGGGUCAACGUGAGCGCGAACAUGCACUGAAUGGUUUGAAAGAGGGCAGGUUGAAGCUGUUGGUGGCCACCGACGUGGCUGCGCGCGGGUUAGAUAUUAAGGGCGUCACUUUGGUGGUGAACUACGACGCCCCGUCCAACACGGAAGAUUACGUGCACCGCAUCGGGCGGACGGGUCGUGCUGGGCAGAAGGGGCACGCCGUGACCCUCAUCGUGGAGCGCGAUGCACAUGCCUUGCGGGGGAUCGUGGAGGUGAUGAAGCGGACGAACCAGGAAAUCACGCCCCAGGUAGAUGAGAUGCUGAGGAGAGCAGGUCCAGCGCCGCCACCUAUGCGUCGGCAUCGCGCUGGUGGUGGCGGUGGAGACUUCUUCGGUGGUGGUGGCGGUCAUGGGGGUGGGCGACCCUCAGGUCCGGGACUGGCGGACCUCCCGCCCCGGGUGGACACGCCGCCCACCCCGGCGGCGCCGGCGGAGCUUCACCGUCCACCUGCGCCAGAUCGUCCUGCUGCAGGGCGCCCGGACGCGCCCUUCGCGCAGCGCCGCAAGACGCCGCCGCGGCGGAAGCGCAGCUCGUCCUCGGCGCCGCGGCGGCCGCGGCGGUCGCCCACGCCGCGGAGGAGACAGCGCAGUCCGAGCCGGCGACGGAGCCCCAGCCGCAAGCGCAGCCGAAGUCGUCGUCGCAGAAGGCGAUCCAGCAGCAGCUAACAAGG